ACGGACAGCUGACAGUGACGGCUGAAAUCUGACAUUUGAAAUGGCGUGAAGUGUAUUUUGUUGUGUUGAUAUUUUUGUUUUAUUCAAUUUAUUAUUUUAUUUCGUUUUCUAACUGUUUGUUAUUUAUCUGUAAUUUCUUAAAAUGUCUCGUGCCAAAUCUAGGCAGAAUAUCGAAGUGUGUGGUGAUUGUGGAGCUGCGGAUGCUACAUGGGCCUCCGUGAAUAAGGGCAUCUUAUUAUGCACCCAAUGCUGCAGUAUACAUCGAAGUUUAGGAAGGCACAUCUCCCAGGUCAAGUCACUGCUGAAAAGUAAAUGGCAUCCUAAUCAGUUGAACAUGGUAUAUUCAUUGAAUAACAACGGAGCAAAUAAUAUAUGGGAACAUACUCUGUUAGAGAACGGGUCGAAAUUAAUGAAAAAGAAACCCAAUGCUAAAGAUCCUUUAAGUGUCAAGAGGGAAUAUAUAAAAGCCAAACACCAGCAGUGUGCUUUUGCCUUCAAGGAAAACUAUGAAGACGGUCUCCUCAGUGUUGAAAAUGAAUUGGGCAAGCAGCUGCAUGCUAGCGUUAGGACUCCUAAUCUGGAAACCUCCUUUCGACUCUUAGCCUUGGGAGCAGACCCUAAUUAUUUUCAUGACGAGAAGGGAUCUACUCCUCUUCAUGUCGCCACCAAGUCUGAUCAGAAAUUGCAGGUCGAGCUGCUGCUGGUUUACGGCGCCGACCCUUCCUGUCCCGAUAAUCAAGGAAAAACUCCCAUCGAUUAUGCAAAAUAUCUUGCCGAUAAAGAUUUGGUCAGUCGAUUGAUAGAUAACCAGUACGAAGUGACAGACACUUUCAGCUAUUAUUUGGCCCUCCGUAAACCAGAUCACAGCAACGAUAUUCAUUUUUUCAUACCCCAGACGGGAUUCAAGUCGAAUUCGGUGUCGUUAGCUAAGCUUCAAAAGCUUAAUAAUAAUGUGUUUGAAGAGCUUGCCAUGGAUGUGUUCGAUGAAGUUGACAGGAGAGAAACUGAGGCCACUUGGCUCAGUUGUGCAGACACUACGGACCUGAAUGACGUACCUUUCCUGCCGGUAGACCAAACUUUAUCGACGACAAGAAACCAAGGAAGACAGAAAUUAGCCAGGUUCACUACUCCCGAGUUGAAAAGCUUGGUUUACGACAUCCUGGUGGAUACUCAGAGGAGGCAGAUGGUAUCAGACAAAGGUGUCCUGCAACCCAGAGAGACCUCUACCAUAGAUGACGAUCCCUUGUAUGAUUCGGUUCCAUCAGAUGACGACGACUAUGCCAUGGUUCCCGAAGACGAGACCUCAGAGUCUCCCAAGUCGGAAAAACCGUCGGCGAACAACAAAGAUAGUGUAGUGUCUUUAGACAGUAUCAGCAAAACUAAUGUCAUUCUGGAGCAGUUAACGAAGCAAUUGAAAAACUCGGACAACACCAUCACAGAUUUGCGAGCGGAGGUCAUCAAGUUGAGGCAGUGCGUAAAGGCUCUGCAGACGGAAAAUUUGGAACUCAAGGGACGAUUGUCGCAGAGCAAAACAACGACAAGAUUGAAUGGCGAUAACGGAUUCGAUUCGUUGGAAUUCAUUUCAGAGAAUCAGGCUGGGAAUAUGGACUCAUUGACAAACGGACUGAUACUGGACGAAUUGGAUUUCAAGCAAAACAAGAGGAUACAAAGGCCUUCCAGUAUGUACGAAACUAGAGAAGGACUAGGGAAAGUGCCGCAUUGGCAUGCCAUGAAAAAUCAGGCAAAACAAAGCGAGUCUGGAAGGAACGUAACUCAAAGCCUGUACAGCAUGUCCCAGAACAGGGAGACCAUCCUUCAAUGUACCGAGCAAAUAACCAGGACGAUUCAACAGUUGUGCAGGAGUAUCCAAGAGCCGGACAAAGAAGAAUGCGCAGCUAGCGCAGAGAAAGUAAAGUCGUCCAUCGUGAAGUUGGCCUCCUUUUUGCCGAAAGAGACUGAAAGCGAGAGGAUGAAACUGAUGCUGGAGCUGGUUUCUAGGCUCCAACCGGAAUGUUUAGCGCUUCAAGUGUCGCAGCAGAACGGCGACAUGAAAUCGACGGAAGUUCAUUUUGGAAACGUCAGGGAUAUAGCGUUUCACCUUGCCAAGUUCACGAAGGACAUCGUAACGAAGUACUCCUUGAGCCAAUAGCCGUCCUUGUAGGGGGGUUUCUGCCGAUCUUCAUAUUCCAAGUUGACCUUUUUUUAAUGUUACGAAAACACGGGAUCAAGCUUAGUUUUAACCUAGGUUGAACAAGAUCGAAUUCUUCGUUGUUCGGGAGUGAUUUUAGAAUUGUUUAUUUUGUAGAAAAUCGAUAAAACUCUGUUGCGGCUUA